GGGUUACCAUAUUUUUGUGGAGGUGAAGAAAGAAGCCCGUCGGUACCAAAUGUAAAAUGUAUCGCCAGCGCUCACGCAUGGAUAAAGGAUUUAGAAAAUAGAACAAUGACAAACUGGACAGACGAAGGGAGGAUAGAGUUGGCCAAGCAAUAUGCAUUGGACAGUGCAUAUACUCAUAUGACACACUGUGCAACGCAACAUAAAAAUGAUUGGGAUGAUGUGAGAAAAGCAUUCCUUGAUAUUUAUCCAGAGGAUAGAUCGCUUCCAAGCCUGAUCAGUGAAUUGUCAUCAGUAACUCGACAGCCCAGAGAAACCAUAACAGAGCUCUAUAUCAGAGUAGAAGGGAUUGUGGCAAAAUUAGACAGCAUGAAACCCACAGACUGUGGGGCUAUGCAUGGGAUACGUUCAAGCCUGGGAUGUACCCCAAAGCUCACCUCCUCAACAAGGGAUGAGUUUCUCCCAAGACCAUCAACUACUUGUAACUGGACAAGCUUAUGUGGUGCCUUUUUUGUUGAAAUUGGAGGAUAUCUAUGAGCCAAUUAAAAAAGCCAUCAAUAUCACUCAGAAUAUAAUAUAUAAUUUAGAUGAAAUUGCAGGAGAUGAUUUUAUCAUCAAUCAGAAUAUGAUAUAUAAUUUAGAUGAAAUUGAGGGAGAUGAUUUUAUCUUGUUUACCUCUUUGAUUUCUCAGCAUAUCCUGGCUUUUCAAGAAAGA